CAACAGGCAACUGUUUCCUGGGGAUUGCUGAUUUGUGCGCAACCCGGGUGCGUCGGGAUAUUAGUCCGUGUGAAAGGUUUCAGAGUUUUGUUUACAAAAUGGAUGAAUUUAAAUCCUGUAAUUUGGACUACUUUCCCGAAAACAUUUUAAUAGAUGUGUUGUCAUAUUUGAGCGUAAGGGAGCUUGUCAGAGCUGGGAGAGUGUGUAAGAAAUGGAAACGGCUUGUCAAAGACCAAAGAUUGUGGAGAACUGUCGAUCUGACCGCAUGGAAAGGGGUGACAUCUCGUAUCCUCUGGGUCCUGCUGCGUCAGUACCUGGGUUGUGGACUACGGUGCCUUCGCUUGCGUGGUUUGCUGCUCUCUGCCAGAGGUGGCACCUUUCUCUCUGAGUCUUGGCUAAGGGCUCUGUCCACAAAAUGUCCACGCCUGAGUAAGCUCUAUCUUCUGCAUGCUGACCUAAGAGGCCUCCCAAACUGCCAGAUCCUGCCUCUCUCUCUGCGAGUGUUGGAGCUGCGUGGUUGUGAGCUGCCUUGUGGGUUUUUCAGCCAAAGCCUGCCUAAUUCACCUGCUCAUCCCCACGAUAGAGCAGAAGCCACAUCCAGUGUGGGUGCUCCACAGCAAGGAAGGGGCCAGAAAGGAAAGGGGUCUGUCUCUCCUUUGGGGAUUUGUAUUGAGAGGUUAGUCCUCAACAAUGUGCCCUCUUUCAGAGAUCAGCACCUGCAGAGUCUGACAUCAUGGGAGAAGCUCAGUCACCUAGAGCUACGUGACACUUUCCGUGUAACAGCAAAUGGGCUUAGAAGCUGUGCAGCUAAAGAUGGUGUCUCUGGUGUGGAAGGGCUUUCCAGACUCAAGUUUCUGGAAAUAGGCAUUACGGGACGACAAGGCUACCAGUUACAGAUGGCCUCGCUUGGGCUGGGUGCAGGAUGGCUUGGCCUAGAGGAGCUGAGCCUUGGUGGUAAGGAGGUGGGGCCAGGCUUGCUCUGUGCCAGCCGUCUGAAGGACCUUAAACGUCUAUGCCUGUGGACCUGCACACUCAGUGAGCUGCAGAUAGUGCGGAGCUGCAGGAUGCUUCGCGGACUCCGCCAGCUGGAGUUUCUUGAUGUUAUCUUCCAGCCCCGGCAGAGUCCACCAGUUGACGAUGAGGAGGGAGGUGGUGGAGAAGAGCAGGAUGGAGUGGAGGGUGCAGGUGCAGGUCCAGAUAGUUAUGAGGAGAAUAGGACACUGGAUGAUCCUUUUCCCAGUCUGCGUCGCUCACUGGCCGUCCUGCUACCGUCCUGCACGCUGGCUUUCACCAACUGUUCUGUUCAAAUGAAUACAGACUGACUGAGGUCCCUGCUGCUAUUUUGUGCAAGUAAACAGUAUGCAUACAUUUCUUGUGUGAGGCAGCUGUGACACAGGAGUGGGAGUGGUUUAAAUGGAAACAUACUGGUUUGAACCCCAGCUUCCCAACUCCACAUGUUGAAGUGUCCUUGUGCAAGAUACUAAAGCCCCAUUGCCUCUGAUACAUUCUCCAGUGUGUUAGUAGUUGUAUGUACAGUAGAGACAAGUCAGUGUAUUAACUAAAUGCAUAAGAAGAAGAAGAAGACAAUGCUAUAUGAAUGUUUAACUUUGAAUGGGUGAACGUGACUUGUGCUGUAAAGUGCUUUAGUGGUCAACAUGACCAUAAAAGUACUAUAUAAUUGCAGUCCAUUUACCAUUUCACUAACGUUUAGAUAGCUACCACAUCAUGUUUGCUCUGGAAUUAAUUUUUUAUAUUUAAGAUUGAUGAAAUUGUCUCAGAAUGUAUAAUGUCCUCCAACCGCUCAGUUUACCUCAGUAUUUUCAAGGGCAAUCAACGAGCAUGCUAAUGUACAUGUGAUUAAAAAAAUACAUUACAAAAGAGAAACAUCUUUUUGCAGUAGGUUCCUUUAAACUCAGUCACUAUAUAAAACUACAAGUUAUGCAGGUGUUGACUAAAAUGUCAGAACUGAAGAAAAUUUACAACCCACCUGUUUCCUGCUUAACUGAUUUUUUUUUUAACAUUGUUUACUUUCAGAACCUGCAGGUGCUGAGUUGUGGCAAAGUAAACUUACAGCAUAACUUAGUGAAAUAAAUCCUUCUCAAGUCCCAGUUGCCUAUAUUUGCUCAAUCUUUGCUGAUGUGAUUGAAGUUGUAAAAUAAGAAAUGGAAAAUGUAUUUACUGUAUUGACAAAAAAACUUUGGAACAUCUGUGUCUUUAUUCUGAUAUGUGUUUAAUUUGAAUCAUUAUAUUGUAAAAAAGAAAUAGUUUUGAAUAAACCUAUUUUCAAGAACUGAA